AUGAUAUCGCAAUAUCCUAGUUCUGGCCAGUCCGAUAUACUUCCCCCGGGCUCGGCAGGAAAGGGGUCGGAAUCGUAUGAACUGACCAGAUAUCUCCCACCUUACAGAUCGUUGCUUAGUCCUGAUAGGACUUUUGACUAUCGCAGUCACAAGUACGUGGACGGAUCUGUCGAAUUUAAGCUUACUCAUCUAUUUGGAAGAAAGCGAAAGCCCGAUUCCACUAUCAAGAUGAACUAUCGGUCUUUGUUGUCGCCUUUGACUCACACAAAGAAACGUAUUCUUGAUGCGGCCUCGGAUACCCUUUCCGUGAAGUCGUUCAAAUCGACCCGUUCCAUGAGCAGUCUGCGCCGGGUGCAGGCAUUGACGGCUCAAAACUUGAUGGAUUUGCCUGACGAGAUUCUGACGCUGAUUUUCAAGAAUUUGGCAGACGAUCAUAAGUCGUUAGUCUACUUGCUUUAUGUGAACAAGCGAUGCAAUUACAGCGUGAAGCCAGUGCUCUAUGAAAACCCAUAUAUUACAUCUACUUAUAGACUUGCGCAGCUGGUCCACACGAUCACCAACAACCAAGAAUUGGCCCUCAUGGUGAAAACAAUCGACCUCUCCAAAAUCAAUCCUGGCUUAGAAAUAGAGGAGAACGCAUUGCAAUUUUACGAAAUGUUCAUCACAGGCGAGGGGUCUCAGAAUGACUGGGAUUCCGCUGACAAAGAUGUUCUGGCAGGUUGGAGAGACUGGAGAUACAGAGAUCAUCCCCUUUAUGGCCUACAGAGAACCGUGAGCGGUCAGGCUUCGAGACACGCUAGGCACAGCUCGCGGCCGGAAUUGGUCACACGCAAGGUUUCGACUUCUUCCAAUUCGACCACCAUGUCAUUGUACUCAAACCAUUAUGACUCCGAAACCGAGCUGUCCCACACCUUGUCGACGUCGCCAAUCCGCAAAACUAAAAAGGUGACGCUUGUAAGCUCAAUUAAGAGGGUCUUUAAGCAAGGAUCUGGAGAUGGCCGAGUUUCUGCCGAUGAGAUUUCCGACUGGUACAGCGACAUCAAGACUACCAAGCAGCAUCCGGUCACAUUUCCUGCCAAGAUUAGCGAUGUGGAUUAUUUGAUGAGCCCGCGGACAUCGCCAUUUGACGGUCACUCGCAACCGUAUUCCACCUCACACCCUUUGCAGAACAGGUUCUUGAGCCAGUACUGUUUUUCCAAGGAUGUUCCGAUAGGCUACUUACUCCACAUCUUGCAAGAGUGCAAGAAUCUGGUGCACAUCGACUUCAGCGGAGUCUCGUGCAGCAACGAUUUUGAAAUGAAAGACUACGAAUACUUCAAUUGGCAAACUUCUAAGGGCAAGCUCAAGCGACCCCCAGUGAUUGCAUGCAGGUCCUUAUUGCUAGAUGUGAAAGAGCAUGAGCGCAAGCAAAAGGAAGAGAGCCUGCUUCUGUCGCAGUUCAAGUCUGAAAAGCCGAUAUUCUGGUCCGAUACCCAACGGGAGCUUGACUGGCAAAACACACAACAUGUACAGCUGGAGUAUGUGGACAUCUUCAAGCAGAUGAACAAGCUGGAGAACCUGCAGACGAUCAAGCUGCGUUCGAUAUGCUGGCUUACGCAGUCUACGAUCCGGACGAUUCUGGCAGAGUCGAGGUCCAGAAGUCGGCUCCAGUACAUUGAUUGCACUGAUUCAGGGAUGCGCAAGUCGCUUGACUGGGCUAAGAAGCGGAGUGUGAAGCAAUGGGAGAGAUAUCUUCGCCCACGCAGUCCUCCGCGGCGCACAGUGGUACAAACCAGCUCUACGCCAAAUUUCGAGAAUAUAGGGCAGGAAUAUUACUAA